AUGUCUCGACCGUGCCUAAGCCUUAUCCAAAGGCCUUUCACAUCCUUGAUUACAUCUGGGGCUUCAGCUUCCACUCGUGUUAUUCCACACUUGCAGACCCACCGACAAAAGCAUUCAGCUACAAACGCUCUCGUAGCUCGCGAGUCCUUAGCCAAACAAUUUCCAUCCUCUUCAACAGCCAUUUCCUUAGAACCGAAGAAGUCCAAUGCUGCAGAAUAUGUUCUCACGACCUUCGACCAAAUUGUCAACUGGGCCCGACAAGGAUCCCUAUGGCCCCUAAGUUUCGGACUCGCUUGCUGCGCCAUCGAGAUGAUGCACGUAUCCAUGCCUCGCUACGAUCAGGACCGACUCGGCAUUAUCUUCCGAGCUUCUCCCCGUCAGUCCGAUGUGAUGGUUGUUGCCGGUACGGUGACGAAUAAGAUGGCACCGGCGCUUCGUCAAUGCUAUGACCAGAUGCCGGAUCCGAGUGUGGUUAGGGGUGUUGAUCGGAUCGUACCGGUGGAUGUUUAUGUUCCUGGAUGCCCUCCGACGCCGGAAGCGUUCCUAUAUGGCAUUUUUCAGUUGCAGAAGAAGAUGAGGAGGACCAAGGUCACUAGAAUGUGGUAUCGAAGAUAA